GCAAGCUGUCAUUGAUAAAUGUUGCUGCAUGCUGGUCUAAUCUGGAUGAACUACAUGAACAUUAUGUGAUCAACAUUUAAAGAAAAUGGCGGGCUAGGAGCAGACAUGGCGUCUCUUUCUCUGAGGUCUACCAACGUGAGAAAGCUUUUCAACAAACGAGGGCUGGUUUAUACUGUUGUUAUAAACACCACUGCAACAACAUGGGCGCAUUUAGUGUUAAAACGGUAUAUAUUCUGUUUAGAACCUCGGUUAGUUUCAAUAACAAGAUAGAUUAUAUUUUAAAGUUUCUUUCCGGGACAUGAACAAACAAUAAGCUAGUAGUUUAUAGAGGACAAGCUAAUGAGACUUUCAGGUAGUGAGAUAUAUUCCUUCGCUCUGAGUUCCUGCUUCACUACUCACACACACAGCAGAGUGAAGCAGCCGAGUGUUACCCGGAUGGAACUGUCAUGGCCGCCGUCUCUGACCUGCCAGUCUAAAGAGAAAAGAAAGGAUCCAUUAUAAGAUAUGGAGGCUACUCCAGAUGACCUACCAAAAAGCCAUGACCAGAAUGGGGAUGUUGAAAAAGAUGCUUCAGUCAAUGCAUUGCCACCAUCAAAAGAGCUUGCAAAUCAGACAGAAGACACUGCAUAUAAUGACCUUUGUGUCCAAGAUGAAACACAGUCUGGGGAGUCAGGUAUUGAUAACUCUCACAUAGAGAGCAAGGCCUCAGAGAAAUCACCAUGUAAGCUCCAACAGGGUGCUAUUUUCUCUGGAAAAAUACUCAGUUUUUGCUGCUCUGAAUGCAAAGGUGAUACCACUUACAGCCCAAAUGACUUGCUGAAACAUUUUCAAGGGGCUCACAUAGGAACGCUUCCAACAUAUCCUUGUGAUCUUUGUACCUUUGUUACCAACGAGUUCUCAUCUCUCCAAAGACAUCGCAUUGGACAUCGAGACACUUUGGUCACUUGUGAGAUCUGCAACGAUGGAGUCCAAUACUCUCUACUCUUGCUCACCAGGCAUUUCAUUAUGUGCCAUAGCUGUAAUGGACUGUUUCGCUGUAAGAAAUGUGAGUUCUCAACCAGAGAUGCAGGCACUUUUGUUCAGCACAUUCAUCAUCACAAUGAGGGCAGCCACAAAUGUGUCAAGUGUCCAUCCAUGAGUCCCACACAAGGGAAGGUCUACUCUGGGAAAGUCCUCUCUGGGACAUUCCCUUUCACAUGUCACUUGUGUGGUUAUGGUGCUGCCCGGCGGGAGUAUCUAAGUAAGCAUAUGACUGUGGCUCAUGGAGAUGAAAUGGAUAGAACAAACAGAUGGCGGUCAAUCGAGGACAAUUCUAGAGUAAAUUCUCCAGGACUGAAGCUGCUGCUUAAAAAGAGUCCUCCUGCUGGAGGAUCCAGGGAAACACAGUGGAUGUCAAAGCUAAAUUCUUACCCUGGAGUAGGUCUGCUUGACCACAGUGGCAGAUUGUUUAAUCCUGAGAAAACAUUGGAGGAAACGCAACAAUUUCUUGAAAGAGCUGUGGGUGUGAAGAAGGAGAGUAACAAGUGGAGUAAAGGUCCACUAAAGAGCGAGCCACAGUGUUCUUACCCAGUCACAUCAACUACAACACAGCCAAAGAUACAAGAAAAUGAACUCAGUGCUGGAUCUGGUAUUCUAGAUCCAGGCAACAGCAAUGGGUUGACUGUUCUUAUGGUCAAAAAUAAAAUCUCGAUCCCCCCUAACUGUACCACAAAAGUAAUGGGCUUUAAGAUGGUAGAUGGUAAAAAGCAUUUAGUUUUAAAAGUCAUACCAACAAAACAGGAACAUACCACCAAAAAUGACAUGUCACCCACAAAUAUUGUUGAAGAUGAUGAAAAGACUGGUAGCUCCCCCUACUCCUCACUGUCUGAAAGAUCAGGAUCUCUUCUCAGUUUAGAUUCUGGGACAAACAAAGAUGUAUCUGCCUCAGUAAAAAUACACAUGACACAUGAUGUAGAAAAUCACAGUGGGGAACAGUCACCUUUGUUAGAUGAGCAUGAAGCAAAUUCAAACCAGACUGACGAUGAAGUUCUUGAGAUAUCUGGAACAUCUGUUGUCAAGGCUUCAGCCUCCCAUCGUGCCGACUUGUCAACAAUAAACAAAGAGGCAGAUUUUUUUGAAAACUUGUGCAGUGGUUCAGGUUCAGUAAAAAAGUCAUCACAUCAUGAUCAUGAGCAUUGUCCACUUCAUGACCAAUCCUCGGCUGAGGAGUCCAUAUCUACACAUUCAACUGCUAACUCAGCUGAGAUCUCGCACACAGACCAAACCAAAGUAAAAUUAGCUCUGUUAGAAGCGCUUGCUGAACACACCACAGAUGUAAAUUCAUGUACUGAUGAUCUGUCUUCAUCAAAAUCAACGGCAGGUGACCGCACUCUUCCUGAGAUUUCAGUAUCUGCAAGUGAUGCCACGCUGGAAGAUGACGCCACUACCCCUUCUGUCUCAGUUGAGUCUCAUGCUAAUGUAGUGAUGAGUAAAAGUUUGGAAUCCACUGAAGAUCAUGGUGCAGAGCAGAGUUCAACUAAAAUUCCACUCCCCACUUUAGCAGCUGAAGAGAAAGAGACCGCUGUUGAUGAUGGUGAGACUUCAUUAUCUGAGAAUGCAGCAACUCCAACCCCCUUUCCUAAUUUAUUGAAUGGUAAGAACUCUCUGCCUAGUUCAGUCACUGAUUCCUCUCCCAGAAAGAAGUUACUCACAGAUAAUCCCUCAGAUUCAGAUACAAACCCACUGAAUAAAACAACUGCUAAUGAUUCUUCUGAUGCCAAAGUUGGUGUCACAGAAGUUGACACUGUUUUGCAAAAUUCCCCAAAUCAGGAGGUUUUUAGUUUUCACAAUUACUCUAAAGAGACUUUUGGCAGUUCCCCUGAUUUUCUGGAUGCUGAUGAACAUUCCCAAGAGGACUUGGAGGAGGACGAGUGUGAGGAAGAUUUUGAUGAACUCAAACUGGCUUCAGAUUGGAGUUUAACACUACCUGACUCUCCACCUCUUGUGGAUGAACAGUCUGAAGAUUAUGUAGGAAGUGGGGAAGAAAGCAGUGCAUGUGUCCAUGAUAUGGCUUCUACCAGUGAGAAUCAAACAUUAGAACGAGUGUCAGAUAGCGACAUAGAGGUCGAUGAGUGCGUAGCUACUGUUGAUGAUUUAGCCAUUCCAGUGAUGUCGGAGACUGACAAGGGAGCAUGUUUGUUAGAGUCAGAAAAUAAAGAAGAGGAUUUUAUGUCUUCUAUGGAUGAGGGUGGUCCCGCAACUUUGAGUAAUGCUGCUGUUUUGGGCAAGAUACUUGAAGAGCAUUCAGAUGCUAUCAUCAGCCAGCAGCUUGAGAAAGAAAGGAUGGUAUCCUCAGCUAUGUUGCAGGAUACUAAUCGACCUACAAAAACAACGCUUCGUAUCCUGCAGAUGCCUGAGGGAAAGAAGCAGAUGUUCCUUCAGACUACGGAGACUCCAUAUGUUGUGCCUGUCCAGCUCACAAGUGGCCAAGGCUUUAAGCUUAUUACGAAGUCCUGUGCUUCCAAAGUUAAUGUGUCAUAUGUUAAGCCAGGAAUUGAAAUGGCUAGCAAAGGUUCAGGAAUGUCUCUCACACUUAAUGGAGGCAGAAUUGGGAUGUCAGCUCAAAGUUUAAGUGGAGAGGGCAAAGGUCAGGCAUCACUCCUGCAAACAGUGAGCAGCAAUGGAGGCCGCUAUUUUGUCAGUGCUUCUGCCCUGAAAGGACCUCUUCUCUUAUCAGGUACUGUUAAGUCGCCCUCAGAACAGACGAUAAAAACGCAACCAAUGUGUUAUUUAGUUCAACGGCCACUUCCUGUUUCCCCAAGUACUGAGUCAACUGGUUCGACCUCAAAGACAGUCCUGACCACUCGCCCGGUAUUGGCUAUGCCUGUGAAAUCAGCGGAUAAUGCGGCUCCCUUGCAAACUGGACGGCAAGCAUACUUGGUUAGGUAUAUCUCGCCAGCCAAGUCAGGGAUACUGGUAAAUAGUUCAAAUGAGAAGGGAGCAAACCAGGGCAGCCAAGCAAAUGAAGGAGGCAAAAGCAGGGUUUUCCUCAAAAUAGUUAGAAGUCCUAAUGGCACCAGGUUCCUCUCCACUACUCCAUACACAUCAGCCAAAAAGCCACUUUAUGUGGCCACAAGUUCUCUGCAGUCACCUUACUUAUUGAUGUCUUCAGAUUGGUCAGCAGGACUGAAAACCUCCAACAGUGCUCAUAGUCCCACUCAUAAAUUCAUCUCAGCAAAGCUUAAACACAUUUUCCCCCAAUCAGAUAUUCACAGUCAGAACCAAGUUGGGGAUGGCAUAGUAAUGCAGAAAUCAUCGUUUUUGCCCAUGCAUACCCGUCCACGGAGCCAACGGAAAAGAAGGAGAAGGAUCUUGUUUGAGGAAUCUUUGGAGACCUCUCCUAAAACUAGAAGAAUGUCAAGCAAGACCCUUGCUCAGAAAGAGGUCUCCUCGUUUUCUGAGCCAAUGGCAAAAGAUGUUGAGAGAACACUUAGACUUUCUCCCUUCAGCCCAUUUCAAGAGAUCAAAUGUCCUCGUCAAAACCAGCCAGUAGUGGUGCUAAACCACCCCGAUGCUGAUAUUCCUGAGGUGACAAACAUUAUGAAGUCAGUUAACAGAUACAAAGGUGAAGUUAUCAAGGUGGCAUUGUCCAAGAACACAGUCAGAGCCCUGUCUGAGUGGAGCUUCAUUGGUCCAAAUGGUACACUGUCAAACACUCCUGGUAUCAGUGCAGGGUCAAGAGUCCGGCCAUCAGGGAACAAUGUUAGAGAGCGAUUUAUCUUAAGACUGAAGUUAAAAAAGACAAGAAGAAACAAAUAUGAGGUAGUGAGGUUGUCCUCCAGCAGAGGUUCGGAGCAAAUGCCAACGUUUAGUUGUUGGUUUUGUGGCCGAGUGUUUAACAAUCAAGAAGAGUGGAUUGGCCAUGGACAGCGGCAUCUCAUGGAGGCUACAAGAGACUGGAAUAAACUGUUCUAAUGUAAAAACAUAGCUCCUGGAUUGGGUCAGAAACCGUCCUCUAAUGUAGAAAUGUUCUUAC